CGAGUGUCCUUGUUUGACAUGUAAGUUUUUACAUAACCUCAAUAACAGAAGUAAAUUUAAAAAUAUUCAAUUGUUCGGCAAACUCAAAAAAAAGUAUAAUGAAUAGAACCAAAAAGUUUAAACAGUGGGAAUCAUUUGACUUCGGUCCUGCGACAAGCACAGAAAAAUCGAAACCUAGGAAAGAUGAUUCCAAUGUAACUAAACGUAAGCAAUAUGUAAAGCCUAAUUCUAGCACAUCCAACAAAGCUCUUAAUUUCCACAAAGAGCUAGCUCCUGUAGCUGUAAGCGACUUGGCUGUACACCCUAAGAAAAUCGAAGAAGUAGAAAAUUGGCUAAAAUUUGCCGUUUUUCAAGACAAAUCAAAAACUGCCAAGUUUCUUUUACUAACAGGACCAACUGGUUCAGGAAAAACAGCCACUCUUUCGGUUUUAUGCAAGACCUUAGGUAUUUCCAUAACCGAAUGGAUAACUCCCAUCGAUCAAGAGUACGAAUACAACAGAACAAACCAAAUUGAACAAUUUUCUGAAUUUCUCUUCGACGCAAAGUACCCUUCGCUCUUCGAGUCUUCCCUAAAUCGUUUGACACUCGUAGAAGAUUUCCCCAACGCUGUGAUAAGAAACCCCGAACAAUUUUGCGAAAUUCUAGAAAGUUGCAGAUACAUCAACCAGCCGAUAGCCUUCAUUUGCACAGAGGCCCACAACGCGAACGUAAACCUACAAAGGACCCUCUUCCCCGACGAAGUUUUGCUGAAAUUUAACAUCAAUCACAUCAGUUUCAAUUCUUGCGCUGCGAGACAAUUGAAAUUGGCUUUGAAACGAGCAGAGGCUUUGGUUAAAUCGAACCCCGAUGUUCUCAAGCAGCCUUCUUCGACUGUAAUCGAUGCUAUAUUAGCAUCGGCCGAUGGUGAUAUUCGAAACGCAAUGAACCAGUUCCAUAUGGCUAGUUUACUAGGUAGCGGCGAUUUACCCACGGUUAAAAUAAGCACAGAGGAGGAAAAACCCGGCAAAAGGAAACGUUCGAAAGAUUCGGUGAAGUUAGACGUAAUGAAUAAAGACCAAUCGCUUGGGUUAUUUCACGGUUUAGGUAGAGUUUUGCAACCGAAAAGGAAACAACUGGGCAAUUCGUGGCGAUUGGUUAAAAACGUGGGAUCUCUAGUCGACGAAUUUUCCAUACAACCUCAGAUGUUCAUGUCGUUUUUGUUCGAGAAUUACCCGAAAUACUUCGGGGACAUCACGGACGCCGCCAAAGCCGCUAAUAUACUAAGUUCCUCCGUAUUGUUGCUGGAUAAUUGGGACAGGCACGAGAGCUUGGAAUUCGCCUUGUGGAAUUCCAUUCUGGGCCUAAUGGUCGUCAACGAGCACAAAGUUUCCAAGUGGAAUCAAAUCCGGGGACCCGUCAGAAUCGUCAAGAAAGACACAAAUAAAAUCCAAGAGGAAUGGAACGGUGUGAGGUACUCACCUAUGGAUCAAUAUUACCACAAUAUCAUAAAAAAAUCGGAUCGAUGCCACAAGUUCGAAUAAUAUAUAGAAAUAAUUUUAAUACGCUUUUUAUUAUAGACUAUAUUCAGAAAUUUAAAACUUCGAAUGCACCGAUUCUCAUUCGGGAUAAACCGUUACAAUGUAAUAAUAACUUUGUACAAGUACAAGCAUAGAAUUUUAAAAAUACUAAUCAACGUGUCACCAUUCUAAUCGAAAUUUCUAAUCGGGGCUCAAGUCAUGGGGGGCGCCUCGCUGAAAUAGGGCGCCGACGACUUGUUCAACAGCGUGUGGCAGACGUCGCAGACCUUCGAAGGGCGGCCGUGGGGCCCCGAUAGGACGGUCCGGGCGAGGCAAUUCUGGCAGAAUAUCUGGCCGCAGUGCCUGCAGUGCUGCUUGUGCUUGGCCGAGGCGAAGCCCGAGCGACAGGCCGGACAGGCGUCGACGUCUUCGUCGUGUUGCCAUCGCACCUCCACGUCGGAUUCGCGGAUUUUUUCUAA